UCAAAAAGGGUGUAAUGGACCAAAGUGAGCGUGUGGCGCUGGUUCCCUUCACGUAGUUGAUAUCAAUUGAAGAGGAUCUCCCCAUUCACUUAAUUUUUCUUCUUUCAUUUGAAUAAAUCCAAUUUUCAUAUGUCCAGCUAAACGUCCUCUGAUUGGUCCAUCCGCUUAUCCACACGCCUCUGAUUGGCCGACUGUUCCCGUGCAGAUUUUUUUCUUUUCAGAAUGCUCUUGGUGAAUGGCCGCGCGCCGUAGCAGCGUCCGGCGAAUCUGAUUGGUCGAACGCGUAGGGGGGUUUCUUUCUGAUUGGUAGAAUGCGUCGGGGCGUUUCAUUCUGAUUGGUCGGCGACUGAUGCCCGGUGUCCGGGUAAGAUGGCGUCGGAAGAGCAGUGCUCGGCACCAUCUCGAUGGCGGUCGAUAUCCUUAACCCACGUAGAGUAUCCUGCUGGUGACCUGACGGGGCAGGUGUUGGCCUGCAUGAGCCUGCUGCCAAUCGCGAUCCUCGUCGGAUUCGUCACUCUCAUCGUCUUUAAGCGAGAGCUACACACGGUGAGUCAACGGACGUCGCAACCCAGCAGGGUGUAGGAUCAAAUCCCAAACCACGUACUUAUACCUUGUGUGUGUCACACUUCAGUCACCACAGAGUACGGGAUGCCUUCCAGUCACUCUCAGUUCAUCUGGUUUUUUGUUGUAUACUUUUUUUUUCUUUAUUUAAGAAUGCAUCAGACAAACAAUGCCAGGUGUGUUGAACUGUUAUGGCGGCACAUACUGUCCAUCGUUCUGCUGGCCGUGGCUCUGUCCGUGUCAUACAGCAGAGUCUACCUCCUAUACCACACCUGGAGUCAGGUGAUUUAUGGGGGUGUGGCCGGGAUGGUGAUGGGAGUGGUUUGGUUUUUUAUCACCCAAGAGGUGCUAACGCCGCUCUUUCCCAAGAUAGCAGCCUGGCCGAUCUCAGAGUUUUUUCUGGUGAGAGAUACAAGCCUCAUUCCCAACAUCCUGUGGUUUGAAUAUACAGUAACCAGAUCAGAAGCCAGAAACAGACAACGAAAGCUGGGAACGAAGCUUCAGUGAUUUUUUUUUUUUUUUUUUUUUUUUUUUUUUUUAAUCAUUAUUUUUUUUUUUGUGAAAACUGACAGAAAGGACCACACACAUGCACGCACGCACACACAAACACACUGGAGUUUCAUAGUGUGGACUGUUCUGGUUGAUAUGGAGGCGCAGAGCAGUGUACUUGUGGACCAAAGGAGCGAGUUCGUAUCUCAGACGAGACCGUUAUCACACGACAACAUGGCCUUCUCCUCCCCUGCCCUUAGGCUGCCCCUGCGCUCCUAAUGCAUGCGGACCGUGCAACAGACACAAACUAUUUAAUGACAAAUGUAAUAUAUAUUUUAUUCAUUAACGUUCACAGGGAAGAUCUUAACAGCGAGGCGAAGGGGGGAGAGGGGAAAAUGAAUGAAUGAACGAAAGAAAGUUUUACGACGCGACAAACCUAUCAGCAUGGCAUUACUUUUAUUUAAACGACGCGUUAAAGGACCAGGGACAGGAAUGCUGGGUAAUAAACACAGGAGGAGGGGAGCUUUUGCUUGUUUGUAUAUCCUACAAGACAUAAAUAGUCAUCGCAAAAUACGUCCAGGUCACAUUUCACCCCAAAAUAAUAAAAAAAGAAAUGUCAGCCAAUUUUUUUAGGGCAUUUAUGUUUGCGUUUGUGACUUUUUUUUAUUUUAUUUUAUCAAAUUCCCAUUUUUGCUCAUGAAAAUUGUUACCAUGUAGAAA